GUUUACCCCUAUUUUGGCUUAAAAUGACUGGACUAAUUAGUCAGCCCUUUUUUUGAGUCCGUGGCAGAUACGGCUCUGGCCCGUGGGCCACACUUGCGCUACUAGCGGUUGGUCUCGCAAAUUGGAGAGAAAAAGUACAAUCGACUUUCACUGCCAAAGUUGGGUUUGUCACGUUGAAAGGCACAGUCCAAUCCAAGACCCCUCAUCCAAUCAGCUUUUAUUUUCACACCACAGUAGGCUACUUGCACGCAGAUUUCUAGAAGAUGGCGACUGCGGAACCGGAACCCAUUUCCAAUCCUUCAAAUUCUGAGGAAGAGAAAAGUGAAGCUACUGGACAAGAAGUUGUUCUGAGUCCUGAAGAUUACAUCAAGCAUCCCCUACAGAACAAAUGGGCUCUUUGGUUCUUCAAAAAUGACAAAAGCAAAACGUGGCAAGCCAACCUGCGUCUCAUCUCAAAGUUUGACACAGUGGAAGAUUUCUGGGCCCUUUAUAAUCACAUUCAGCUGUCAAGCAACCUGAUGUCCGGCUGCGACUACUCCCUCUUUAAGGAUGGCAUUGAGCCCAUGUGGGAGGACGAGCAAAACAAGCGUGGUGGCCGCUGGCUCAUCACUCUGUCCAAACAGCAGCGACGCCAAGACCUGGACCGCUUCUGGCUGGAGACGCUCCUGUGCCUGGUCGGCGAGGCCUUUGAUGACCACAGCGAAGAUGUAUGUGGAGCAGUGGUCAAUAUCAGAACAAAAGGAGACAAGAUUGCGAUCUGGACGACAGACUAUGAGAAUAAAGAAGCAGUGACACACAUAGGGAGUGUAUAUAAGGAGAGGCUGGGGGUCCCUGCCAAAGUCAUCAUUGGGUACCAGUCCCACGCAGACACAGCCACCAAGAGCGGCUCCACCACCAAAAACAAGUUUGUCGUCUGAGGAGCAUCUGUCCUGCCAUGCCAGGGCCUUUUGGGUUCUGAUCUUGAAGCAUUUUUCACUUUCAAUUGAAUAGAUCAUUCGUGCCUGUGUGCGUGUGUGUGUGCGCGCGUGUGUGUGUACUCAUGCGUAUACUCGUGUGUGAACACAGACAGAAAAUGUGUGUGUGUGUGUGUGUGUGUGUGUGUGUGUCUCAGUUACAUUGCCAUAGUGUUUAAACAGAAACAGUGACUUUGUAUGCCCUGAGCAUAAACCAAAGGUUAACAAAGGUGAGACUAGAUGAAAUAGGCAGCAACAAUAAUAAUAUUAAUAAUGAGAAAUAAUGUCACACCACACUUAUCAGCAUUACAUUUGGACAAAAUAAAUAGAUGUAUUUGAGAGAAUUAAGAUGAGAACAAAAGUCUGAAGCAGGACAAGGAAAGGGUAGUAGCUAUGCCGACUGUUGUAUGUAUGAACGGCUGUCUGAAUGCUCUUAGAACCUAAUGUGCAUAGUCCUGAAUGCACUACAGGGAAACUUUACACCCCCACAUCUGUUUUUUACAGUAUGAGAGCGUAUGAUUCAAACGGCAGGCCAAACUGUACAGUAUCACAACAACAUCAGAGUUGUUGACAAUGUAUGUCAUAAGUAAACAGAGUAUGGUGCUCUUUCCUCUCUAGUAUGAACAUAAUCAUGCUUCAGUAUUGUGCUUUGUUGGGGGCCUUUACUCUUAACGAGUGUGCGUUUGACUUUGAAUUAAGCCUUUAAGUUAUUUUCUUUUUCUUGGCUGCUGGGACUAUGGCUGACUUUCUCCUUGGUUUUAUUUUCUUAAUUUAGAUUAGUUAAGAUGCAGUGGUCCCUGCAUUUUUUUUACUUGCCUGCAGGGUCAUUUCAAGCUCUCAGCAUUUCAGUUCAUGAGUCAUUUUGACUCUCUAAACCUGUACAUUUUGUGUAAUAUGUUUGUUUGUUUUGUUUUGUUUUGUUUUGUUUUUAUUUUUGUUGUAUCUCUGUUGGGUUUAGUUUGUUGUUUACAUUCCCAGCUGUGUGUGUGUGUGUGUGUGUGUGUGUGUGUGUGUGCGUGUGGAAGCCUAUUGGGUUGGGGUGGAGACUGAACACCCCCUCGGCCCAGCUCCUGUUGACAUGUACAAAACUUUGAAUGUAAAUAAAUUUGUACAGUGGUA